UCGUUGUUAGUAGUGCGACGGCAGUAAAGCCCGUCAAACGACACAAAAACCAUGGCUGAACGAGCCGAGGAGUUGGACUCGUGGAUUACCAAUUUGGAGAGACAGUGCAUCGAGGAGGUUGAACAGGCGCCCGAUUUGGAGAGCCAGGUUCAGAGCGAACGCGACACAUCGUCUCAGAAGCUGUGGCUCCUCUUUCAGAACACGGCUACCUGCGUAGCCCAGCUGUACACAGAUCGCCAGAAUGAAGUGUCUCAGUGGGUUCCCUUCCAAAACGCCGCUUCGAGCGUCACUAACCUCUACAAAGAGUGCCUGGAGGCUCAGCAGAGGGUGAGCGAGCUGGACUUCCAGUGGGGCUACCAGCGUUGCAUCAAGGACCUGUUGGCGUGGGCCAAGAAGCACAAGCGCCAUAUUAGGCGCGAGGAACUGCUUGCCUUCCUGUGUGGUAAGGCACCGCACCAUCCCCACCAGUAUCACGACUGGGCCUCGCCCCGGCCAAGCCUGUACCUCGAGCCCCGCGUGGCGGCCACUGCGCCGCCGUCAUCGAUGCUGAACCUUGCCACCGCCGAGGAGCACUCGGCCGUCGUGGGGUCGGGGGACCCGAACGACGUGAACCUGGACACGUUCCGCGGGGCUCUGGCCCUCUCUUCGACUCUGGGUUCAGGCCGAGUCCACAGCGAAGACAGUGUGUCGCCGCCCGGGUUCCGCAGUGCGGCCAGCCUGAGCAGCUUCACCGCCGAGGAGUUCUCGCGCCACGUUGAGCCUCGCAAGCGGACUACUCCGGAAAGCACGAGCCCCGGAGAUGUCGUGAUGGACUCACCGACGCACAAACGGCCACGCCUCAUCUGAGUUCUCCUUUCCUCGCUGUGCGCCAAAAAUAAUAACAAUAACAAAAAUAAAUUUCUCGCCGCCGCCGUGUGCCGUCGCAGGCUUUCUCCUCCCCGACCUGCUUCAAAAGAACGAAAAUAAGAAAACAUCUCGAAAGGAACAUCUCGUGAGCGUCGCUUGUCGUCAUCUGUCGCAACACCGUUGUGCAGCCGCGAAGAGAAUGGUCGUGGACAUAUGUCAGACGUUAUGGCGGUGUGUUGGAGAGGCAGUUGUUUGUCUUUGGCGAGGCUGAUGCGUGAAGCACUGAAGUUUGAGACCUUACAAGCAUCGCGUUUUGUUUCACGCGGCCCCUGCUGUCGUGGGACUGUGCGAUCACUGUCAACAGGCGUGGAUAUCGUGCAGACGGCCGGGAACCGGAAGUCAGGGUGGACUCCGACGUCGUUGCUAGCUGCUCGGUAGAUUGAAGUGCUCAGUGCGUACUGCAAACAGCCAUGCCGAGUGCGUGUCUCGGCAGUGGCUUGUACGACACGUGCAUUCUUGCGCCUUUCGCAGAAGCGUGCUGUAUGGAGUCACAACGGAAACUCGGUGAGCCGACUAAGGCCAGUCUCAGCUGGGAUAGAUGCCACUUGAUCCUGCAACUACUCACCGCUUGCCAAACGUCCGUGCCGCACGCUGCGAGCUUCAUUUCUUUUCCGCAGUCCGCGCUCAGUGAACGCCUGUUGGCAGGGCAUGUAAUUUUGGGCCGAUGUUAUCGGCCGUGUGUGCAGAGUUUUAAAAAAUACCGGUGGCGACGAGA